UGUAUAUUACCGAAUAUUUAACUACGCGUAAUUUUUGAACCUUACAAGCUUCACCUGUUUUAAAACUAAUUUUCUAACCUAGCGCUUCGCAAUGAUUUCUCCAGCUGCAGAUGUCGCCGACGCAGCACGCCAGGGCGUACUUGCGGUGCAGGGAAUUGAUUUCUGCAUCGACACAAAUGGAGAGAACCACCAUACGAACAAGUUUAACCUGAUGACAAGGAGCGUCGACAGGUGCCUGGUGGUGCGACGUGGACAGGCCUUCAAACUGGAUAUAGUACUGAGCAGGCCAUACGAUGCCAGUAAAGACGCUGUCUCCUUUAUUUUUGAGGUUCCAGAUGAGACUUCUGCUACUGUACCGUUACUGAAGAAAGGUUCGGAGAUCUUCGGAACAUGGACUGUGACUUAUGAGGGUCAGAUUGACUCUCAUCUCAUGGUAGCUGUGACUCCUGCAGCUGACUGCAUUGUCGCCUCCUGGAAGCUCCAGGUAGACACGAGACACAGUGAUGGCAAUUACAAACAUCCGUUAUCAAUCUACGUCCUCUUCAAUCCUUGGUGCUUAACCGACAGUGUCUAUAUGCCAGAUGACAGCCAUCGUGAUGAAUUCGUAUUAGAAGAUAAAGGGGUUUUGGUUAAGCUAAACAUAGACCAAUUCCAACCCUUACGCUGGAACUAUGCUCAGUACGAGAAAGAUAUAUUGGACUGUGCACUUUAUCUUGUCACAGAAAUUGGGAAGGUCAAAGGUCGUGCAAGAAGUGACCCGAUUAGGACAUGUAGAGCACUAUCGGCUGCCAUUAACACAGAAGAUGACAACGGUGUUAUUGUUGGCAAAUGGCCGAAGAAUGGCUUGGGGACCAAACCGGAAACCUACAUUGGAGGCAAUCCUCCUUGGACGUGGGACAGCUCAUUAAACAUUCUACAAGACUAUUACAAAGAGAAAAACCCGAUCAAAUUUGGACAGUGUUGGGUGUUCGCUGGUCUACUGACGACAAUUUGCCGAGCCCUAGGUAUUCCUUGUCGACCUGUCACGGGUACCGAAGUUGUUCAUGACACUGAUGGAAGUCUUACCUUAGAUAUCAUUAUAGAUGACAAAGAAAAUAAACUCGAAGACUUGAGCAAAGACAGAGAAUGGAACUUUCACGUUUGGAAUGAGGUGUGGAUGGAGCGUCCAGACUUGGGACCCGAUUAUGGUGGAUGGCAGGCACUAGACUCGACACCACAAGAAAAAUCUGAGGGCAUACUCCGUUGCGGUCCAUCAUCACUAAGAGCAGUUCGCAAUGGAGAGAUACAGAAACCUUAUGAUACUGCUUUCAUGUUCGCAACAGUCAAUGCUGACAGGUUAACAUGGAAAUACUGUGGAAAAAACCAGCCACUACAGUUAUUCAAAUCAAACGCCACAUGGUAUGGACAAAAGAUUGUAACGAAAGCUGUGGGAAAGAUGAAAUAUGAGUACCUCACAAACACGUAUAAAUAUCCAGAAGGAACUCCCGAAGAACGUAUGACAAUGGAGAAGGCCCUGCGUAAGUCUGAUAGUAAAUACGCGAGGGACUACCUCAAAGCGGUGUUCAAUGACGUCACCUUCGACUUCGAUCUUCAGGACGACAUUAAGAUUGGGCAGGACUUCAAUGUGAUCUUACACGUUACAAAUCGUGCAAGUCAAUCACACCAGGUGCAGGGUAACCUUCGUGUAGACACAGCGACGCGUACAGGAAAUACAGGCGAUGAAGUGAAGAGGUCAGACUUUAAUAUUAACCUCAAACCCGAAAGCAAAGAAGUCAUCAAGAUGCUGGUCACUUUCGAUGAUUAUUACAAGAAGCUGGGUGAUCAGGCUUCCUUCAAGAUUGCUUGCCAAGCGACAAUCGUGGACACAAAAUUCGACUACUCAGCACAACGUGACUUCAGGGUUCGCAACCCUGAUAUCAAAAUCAGUAUUGAUGGAGAGCCAGUGUCGCAUCAAGAGGUCUCUGUUAAUGUUAAAGUGCAGAACUCACUGCCUAUCCCACUUACUAAGGGCAAGUUCUACAUCCAAGGGCCCGGCCUUGAUGAACAACUUGAAAUUGAGCUAAAAGAGAAUGUGGCGCCAGGAUCGUUUGCAACUGCUCAGUUCAAGUUGAUGCCACCGUGGGCAGAUCACCACCAGAUUUCUGCCAAGUUUACAUCGAUGGAAAUGAAGGACGUUGAUGGAUUUUUGUCCUUGACGGUAGGAAUGCCUGCCGCUACUACAAACGGCAUGGCCCGUGAAUAAAUUGAGAGUCAUCAAGUUUUUGUUAGAAUUAGGUAGAGAAAUAGGAAAAGAUGAUAACAAUAAUUACUGUAAAACAGUUCCUUAUAUGUCAAGUCCUAUAUUGAAUUUUACGUCUUUGAAAUUUGUUUUUAUUUAAGUCCAUCAUCCUGAACUUUAUCAAGGUAUGAUGGAUUAUUUUUCACAAAGUAGGUUUAUUUUUCACAAAAUUUGUGUUAAUGUUUAAUUCUUACAUUAAUUUUCUUUGUCUUUACAAUUUUUAAUAUUUCACAAACUGUCUCAAUAAUGUUCUAGCUAUUAAUAAAGUUAAUUUUUGUUAUAGUUGUUUAGUUUAAGAGUUCAAAUAUACUUCAAUGUAGUUAAGGUGAAAUCUUAUCAUAUUUUUUAUUCAAGUACAACUAAUAUAUGUCAUAAUAGGGUUAUAAAUCAUAUUUAAAUGCCCUUUUUAAUACUAUAAUACAGUACUUAAAUUCAUAUAAGUGUAAUGAAACUGUUGACUGCCCUGAUUGGUGCUGUAUUUUCUUUUUAUUACUUAAUUAAAAUAAAUAAAUCAAUCAACCCAAACCAGAGUUUUUCAUUU